AUGGCUGCUGCACAACCACGGCCGUAUAGGCGCAUCGUAACCUCGGCGCUGCACCGACGGUUUGUCCAUGCCUCUGCGCUUGCGCUUCUCGUCUGCUACAUCAUUGCAAUUGCGAUCGGGGACAAGUCGUCCUUUCUCUGGUCAUGGUUCCCGAUCGGUGCAUGCGGCAUUCGCACGGUCCUGCUCUUUCUUUCGUCCCUUGUUGUCUUCGUCCUGCGCGUCGGCCAACUUCACAUCGGCUCGAGAACGACGACCUCCUCGCUCACCACUUUCAAAUACCUGUUCCCACUUCAUCUCAUCCAAACCUUUGGGUGGUACCUCUUCUCCGCGUGGUGGUUCACGGAGAUCUACCUCUGGUCCUCCUCGGCGACCGCCCACCUGGAGAUGGUGAAUCGAGGCCGAUCGCAUGAACGACCGACGUUGAACGAAAGACCCAUCUACCUUCAUACCUACCACAUCCUCCUAGCGUGUGCGCAGGCAACGGCUCACCUGUACUACGACUACGACUGCAUCCCAGUGCCCGUUGCGACGCGUGUUCCGAAGGCCGCUGAUGAUCGUACGCACCCGGUGCCUUCGACGUUGAAAUACAUCCAGAGCGCUUUACCUAAGGCCAUAAUGUCUGGAAUCACCAGAAGCGUUGUGGUUGCCGGCGUCACCCCCUUGGUGUAUAAGAUGCUUCUCAGACAGAUCGCGUGGAGCUGGUCCCUGUACUUUGCCAAGCUCUUCUGGAACUUCUCCCGGUCCGCUGCUGAGCCCGACACAUUUCUUCCGCCAGGUUUUGUGGGUCUCGUCCUCCGAUCACUUUUCUCUGGUGGGCUGCUGGUCCUUUGCUGGCAGACGACGAACCUUUUCUUCUCUAUUUUCAUCGGCAAAGAGCCUCUCAAGCGGGGACAACCUCUUACUUCCGAAACCAAGGAUCCUAAUGGCAGUUUGCUCACUGGCCUGAAGGCGAAAAAGCCAACGGUGAAAGCCUUUGCGCUCUGGGAGCUUAAUCUCAUCAGUCAACGCUUGCCUGAGCGUCGGAAGACCAUUUUCAGCGAGAUCGAUCGUGAUAAUAGCUCGACUUGGUCCCUGGUUUUAGAGUGUGUUACCGAUGUGAUCAAGGCCAUUUCAGCUAGGGUCGAGGUAACCAAGAAUCCCGCACCCGGUGUCAAGCCAGCACCUCAGGGCGAGACUGCUCAGCCAACGCUCCAGACUCUGCCACGACUAACCGACCCUCCUAAAAGUGAAAACAUAUUUGCAGCCUCUCCAAAGGCCACUUCACAACGGGACAAAUUCGGCGAGGCCUUCAGCUCAGCUGCCAAAUCAUAUGGACAAUCAUCAGAUUGGACGCCGACUGCACGAGCUCGAGCCCGUGAUGUUUUCGACCGCGCCUCGUCGGCCAUGCUCAGCCCUGAACGGAAACAGAAGCUUCUUGGCUCUUCCCAAGAUCUGAAAUUGCUCACUGGAGGUGCCUCGGCAACACAAAAACCCGAGGAUGUCCACCCGUUCCUUGCACAGAUUCUCCGGUCGCCGUUCGGUCAGCUUUUCCGACAGUCAUUUGCCCAGCGGGCGUCGAGUAUUGUUCUGGGCACUCCCGAGUCGUCUCUGUGUUCCAUAGUUGAUGCGGUGGAAUCUUUGUCUCGGCUCUUGGUUGCGAGCUUGGCAGAAGAUCAAUAUGGCAAGGUCCAGGCCGAUGUUCCCGCUGUGGUGCGUCUGUUCACCCAGACUAUCAUGACUCUGGAAGACUUUGUUUACAACGGUGGCUUGAGUGCACACUGGACAGAUGUCCACUUCCCUCCAUCCAGCAAACCUGAGGCACAGGCUGAGGCACGUCGAGUCCCUGACGUGGAACUGGUUCUGGAUACUCUGAAGAUUUCUCUUGGAGAACUUCUGACUGCGUUCAACCCGUACUUGCGUGAUAUCGGUCUUGAAGGCAAGGAUUUGCGACUUGCAAAGGAAGCGGCUGGUUUUGCUGCGGAAGAGGCAACAUCCUGA